GUCCUACUCGGUGCAGAACCCCCCCCCGUGUGCCCACUCUUCCCUCUCCAUUAAUUCUCUCUCUCUCUCUCUCUUUAUCACCAAUCCUCUCAACCAUCAUCAUCAUCAAUGGCCUUCUCCUUCAUCCUCCUCCUCUCCUCCGUCGCUGCCGCUUUCCUCCUUUUCAUUCGCCGCAUCCGUUACAGGCGGAUGGGUCUUCCUCCGGGAAGUCUCGGCUAUCCUCUGAUAGGCGAGACUCUGCAGCUGAUCAAAGCUUACAAGACUGAGAACCCUGAGCCUUUCAUCGACGAGAGAGUGGCAAGGUACGGUUCGGUUUUCAUGACGCAUCUAUUCGGUGAACCGACGAUUUUCUCAGCCGAUGCGGAAAUGAACCGGUUCGUUCUUCAGAACGAAGGGAAGCUUUUCGAGGGAUCUUAUCCAGCUUCCAUAUGUAACCUUUUGGGGAAACACUCUUUAGUUCUUAUGAAAGGUUCUUUGCAUAAACGUAUGCAUUCUCUUACCAUGAGCUUCGCUAACUCUUCAAUCAUUAAAGACCAUCUUAUGCUCGAUAUUGACCGGUUAGUCCAGUUUAAUCUUGAUUCUUGGUCCUCUCGUGUUCUCCUCAUGGAAGAAGCCAAAAAGAUAACGUUUGAGCUAACGGUGAAGCAGUUGAUGAGCUUUGAUCCAGGGGAAUGGAGUGAAAGAUUAAGGAAAGAGUAUAUUCUUGUCAUCGAAGGAUUUUUUUCUCUACCUAUCCCUCUCUUCUCCACCACUUACCGCAAAGCCAUCAAAGCGCGGAGGAAGGUGGCAGAAGAGCUGACGGUGGUGGUGAUGAAAAGGAGGAAGGAGGAGGAAGAAGGAGGGGAAAGAAAGAAAGAUAUGCUCGCGGCGUUGCUUGCGGCGGAUGAAGGAUUUUCCGAUGAAGAGAUUGUUGAUUUCUUGGUGGCUAUACUCGUCGCCGGUUAUGAAACAACCUCUACGAUCAUGACUCUCGCCGUUAAAUUUGUCACCGAAACUCCUCUAGCUCUUGCUCAACUCAAGGAAGAGCAUGAAACGAUUAGGGUAAUGAAGAAGAGUGAUUCGGAGAGUCUUGAAUGGAGCGAUUACAAGUCAAUGCCAUUCACACAAUGUGUCGUUAACGAGACUCUUCGUAUAGCUAAC